UUGAAGAGGUUACUGAGCGGGUGAUGGAGAAUUCAAAUAUGCGCCUGUGCUGAAAGAGUGGAAGCAAUGGAUCAGAUGGCAGCCUGGCCAAACAAAUUGCUGGUUCGACUACAUUUCUAAAAGCAAGGUGCUUCUGGUUUGACAGCAGAUGCCGCAGGGAUGUAGAGCUGAAGGAAUACUUAUGAUUUGCCAAAAUAUGAGGGAAACUGGGCGAGGACAUCAGAACCGGGAUGCCCCCAUCUUCUGUCUUCAGUGAUGCCUUGCUUCAUGUGCAUCCUUUGUAUGCUAUGCUGUUUCUAAACAGUAAAACCACUAAAAAUAAAAAGUCAGCAAGGUGGAUUGGCUGAUCAGUGCAUCUCUCUUCUGGAAGAGAUGGUCCUGGUCAUGAAACUUCUGUUCCUUACCUGUCUGUGGCCAACAGCAGUGCUACACAGUUCUCAAAGUCAGCAUCACCAUCUUCAUCAUCGGCAACAAUUCUCAUUCUUAAGAAGGCAUAACAGCAAACGAGAAAUUAAAAUGAGGAAACUUGACAGCACCAAAGUACGGCCACUUAAGUCUGAACAGCUUCUUCACAUAGAGGACCAUGACUUUGCACUGAGACCUGGAUUUGGAGGGUCGCCAAUACCUGUGGGCAUUGAUGUGCAGGUAGAAAGCAUUGACAGCAUAUCUGAAGUUGACAUGGACUUCACAAUGACUUUAUACCUCAGACAUUACUGGAAGGAUGAGAGACUUUCAUUUCAUAGUAACAAAAACAAAAGUAUGACUUUUGAUGGAAGAUUGAUAAAAAAGAUCUGGGUACCCGAUGUAUUUUUUGUACACUCUAAAAGAUCUUUCAUCCACGAUACAACGGUGGAAAACGUCAUGCUCCGAGUAUACCCUGAUGGCAAUGUACUCUUCAGUCUACGAAUAACAGUUUCUGCUAUGUGUUUCAUGGAUUUCAGUAGGUUUCCUCUGGACACUCAGAACUGUUCCUUAGAACUGGAAAGCUAUGCAUACAACGAAGAUGAUCUGAUGUUAUACUGGAAACAUGGAAACAAGUCCCUGAGCACAGAUGAGCACAUCUCCCUCUCCCAGUUUUUCAUCGAAGAAUUCAGUGCUUCCAGUGGACUUGCUUUUUACAGCAGUACUGGUUGGUACAAUCGACUUUUUAUAAACUUUGCACUCCGGAGGCAUAUUUUCUUUUUUGUGCUACAAUCCUAUUUCCCAGCCAUGCUGAUGGUGAUGCUCUCUUGGGUUUCAUUUUGGAUUGACAGAAGAGCCGUUCCUGCCAGGGUAUCACUAGGUAUAACUACCGUGCUGACAAUGUCAACCAUCAUGACAGGAGUAAGUGCCUCAAUGCCUCAAGUGUCUUACAUAAAGGCUGUGGAUGUAUAUUUAUGGAUCAGCUUCCUUUUUGUCUUCCUGUCUGUCAUUGAGUAUGCAGCAGUGAACUAUCUCACCACGAUUGAAGAGAGAAAGCAACUCAAAAAAAGGGGCAAGGCUUCAGGAACGUAUAGUAUUGAUGCAGUGCAAGCAAUGGCUUUUGACGGCUGCUUUCACGACACGGAUGUGGACGUGGACAUGGACGUGACUUCUUUCUCAGACCGCUGUGAAGAGAAUGAGACUCGGGCACGCGCAGCCAGCGUCCCCAAUGUGGACACAACUCGCAUAAAGAGGAAAAGAUCUCUGAAGGGAAACGUGGGCAGGAUUAUUUUACAGAACAAUCACGUUAUUGACACAUAUUCCAGGAUUAUAUUUCCCAGUGUGUAUAUUGUGUUCAACUUUUUUUACUGGGGUUUGUACAUAUGAACAAACCCCAUUAUAAGCUAAGCAGUGUUUCGUGCAUGAAGGUAGCAUCGUGCUUUCAAAAUAAUGCAACAGCAGUAGAGGUAAGGGUUCGCAGUUUCCGAAACUGACUUCUGCAUCAUAUCAAGGCUGGUUUGGUUAGCAGCGAAACUGUUAAUGAAAAACUCUCAGGAGUCUGGUUUCUUUUUCAACUGGACUGUGCAAUGCUUCUUUGGGGCAAUCUAAUGCACAUGGUACUACUGCAGUAGCACAGAAGCAGUUUGCUCACUAAGGGAGCCCUUCGUAACACCCGUAAACAGACAGCAGCUCCCACCUGAGGUAUUAUCCCAUCUUUACACUCUAACCGUUCCUCUUUAAUCAGCCCUUCUGUUUGAUCUCCACUUGCCGUCCAUUUUAGUAGGCAAUCAGCAUCAACCACCUUCAAAUAGCUCCUAUCCUUAUUUCUUUUGCUGCAUUUUGAUUUUGCUAGGCAACCUGUACACACCUCAGCAGCCUUUGUCCUCGGAUGGUAACUAGGGGGAAAGUGAUUCUGGCUUAGCAGUGGAGUAGGGGGAGCAGAAAGCAGGAAGGAAAGCUGAUGGGGCUUUGCACAUUGUGCAUCAUCGACACCUUCAGAAAACCCCGCACUUAUUAGCUGUCCCUGACUUUCCACAGGAUCACUAGGGAGGGCCUCCGAUCUGGAGAAAUCUUUCUCACUAGUCCCUGAGGCAGCAGAGGAACAAUGUCCCAGACCCAAUGCACUCAGUGUCUUACAGCCACCUCGCAGGUGGAUGACUAGCAUCACCUGCACAAGCUGUGCCCCUCAUGCGACACCCAUACACCUGUGCCUCAUGUUGGUCUGCUGUAACCAUCUGCUUUCUGCACAACCCUUGGUUUCAGAAACAUGGGCUUUGAGACAGAGAUUUUAGGAGACUUCGUCUUCAGCAGAAUCUGGUUCUUCUGCUUUAUGUCGCAUACAUCAGCUUGGGGUUUUGCUCCUCUCCCCCUUCCUUUGGCUGUUGAGAUUGAAUGUUACAGUGCAGAGAAACUACAUAUGCCUGCUUGCAGCAGCGAUCCCCAGCACGGUUCAAGAUACCACACCGUGACACACAGGAAAAAAAAGGAAGCAGUUGUGCCAAAACCGAGCCACAUACAGGAAUCCUGUUGGUCCCACAUGAAUCCUGCACUGAAAUAUCCUUAGGUUCAGGCUAAGGACGUUGAAUUAAGGAUGUUCAGGGACACACGCAAAAAGUGCUCACAGCUCCAGAAAAGAAUCAAGAUGAUUUUUGCCAUUUUACCAAAUAAGGACCAUUUUCCACUUAAAUUCCUUGGGUUUGUCUGUCAUUUAAUGAAGUGAGUUUCUAUCUACAAAGUCAGUUCAAAAUGGUAAUUUGUGGUGUCAAAAAAUGUCACAAGGUAAAUGCUUGGUCACUGCUUGGUCAAGAUUAGGAAAUGGGAAUAAAUUUGGAAGCCUCAACCAGUCUCUGGUAUUUGAUUUUCCUGCUCCAAUAUUGUUUGCUCAGAGCAUGGUGAUGUCUCUUACUCUUUCAAAAAGCUUCAUUUGUCAAUCUCCCAGUUACAGAGCUGGAGAAGCUGGUGACACACUGCAUGCCGGGUGAUUGAAAUCUGAUGGAGCGAGUGGGUACUUUGGCAGCCAGUUCACUGCCAGACAAAUGAUCAGAGCUAAGAUGGCUUUGAUACUCUGCCAGGAAAUCCUGUCAUGGAAAGCAGAACCAUACCAGGAAUGACAAUGCUGGGAACGUAAAGCCAAAGGACACGUGGGCUUUGGCAACAGCAACAGCACACUAGACGUCAAGCUGAGAAAAUGUGUAAUAUAGAUACAUAUAAAAAUUACCAUGACAUCCUCGUUACAGCACUGCCAUUAUGGAGGCAUCCCUCACAGAUGUUCCAGAUCGCCUGAGAAGAUCCAAUCUAAUUGCUCCAGAUGCGUAAUGUGUGUCCUAAACAUUUCACAUGAACUAACAUAACAUCAUUGUUUUCACAUAAUUUUUGCCAUCUGCCUUACAGGAAGAGCUAUUUGUUGUGUAGCCAACAGUGAAUACUCAGCCUCCACCAGAAAACAUACCCAUGUGCUUCUUGACCCAAACCAGUUCCCUCUUCUAAAUUUCUUCUAGGAUCUGCAGCAGCAAAAGCCCCCCAGCACCGCGUGCCCAAGCCCUGUGUAGGCCGUCCAGCAAACAGGCCCCCACACGGAAGCAGGGAGGAAAAGAUUCCUGCCUGCAUUUACCUUCCCGGCGCUUCCUACACAGGUGCUGCACAGCUUGCAUCGGUGGAGGACACGCUCAGUUACUUUCAGCUGCAAAUGUCACCGUCAGCAGUGUUCUCCCCAGAGAGAGUACUAUAUAGCAAGUUUUAUUAUGAUAAUGAAGACAACUGCACAUUAUGAUGAAACUUAACUGCAUACUCUUACACCAAAGCUUAUAAUUUUCAUCUUUUUAAUGCAGUGACAGGGAUGAUACCAGGAUGAAUUAUACUUCAAAAACCUAUUGCUUGUAUAACUAGUAAAAAAUAACAAACAGUACUUAAACACAUUAUUUCUCAUUUAGAGGGUGCUAGAGGGCUGAUUGAAACUCACAUGACUCUCAUCUGAAGCUUGUGUUAUCUUCAAGAAAGGGAUACUAAAUACUUUUAGUCAAUUUGUCUAGACAGACCAGCAUGGAAGUCUUUAAAAAAAGUAUUCACAAGUAUUUCCUGUUCCUGUUAUUUGUGGCUGGUUUUGCAGCCAGUCAAAUGUAUGGGGCUUAUGUCCCACAGCAUUUACUAAAAGUUCAAACAUCACAGCCAUUAUGUAAAUACAUAUUUGUUUGAGUAUUCAUGUAUUCAUCCUAGUGGUAGUCAAGCAAUUAUGCUGAGAGUACUUUGUGGAUUUUUGGAACAGAAAUAACAGCCUCUAAUGGCUUCUGUGACCAGUUGAGGUGCAGGAUGUGGCCUCCCUAUUUUUAGCAUCUGCUGCUACACCCAUCUGUAGUAAGAAAACAUUCUGUAAGCGUUAAUGUAGGUGAUGCAAACUUUUCAGUCUGGAGAACUACAUCCUUCUUCAAAGCCUUGUAAUUCUCAUGAAAGAAGUAAGCAGAAUUUCAAUAGUGACCUAUUUUUCAGAGAGCUACAAAAACGUGCAUCUGUAAAUAUCCCAACUAUUGGUGAGUAUUUACACUAAAAUAUUCAUAAUGUAAUAAAUUUUGCAAAGUGUCCUGAAUGUUGAAUGAUGUCGUGAUGAACUGUCAGAAUUAAAAAGUGGAGAAUGUUCUCUUUUUCUUCAAAACUCACAGCCCAAUGAAAGAAAUACACUUCACAGAGAAACUUAAAUUGUACUAUCUAAUUCACAUUUGUACAAUUAGGACAACCUUAGGUUCACCUCUGGCAAAAUCUUUCUCCUGGUAACGCAUCCACAUGCUG